GAAAUGCCAACUGCUUGUGCCUGCCAACCUGCUUCCCGUCUCGUAUGCCUGCAGAGUGAUGAGGGCCCAUUGAGGGUAAUAAUAACCUCGGGGGGCAUUGAUGCCCGCGCCCGGUACUUGAUUUCGAAUCGCAUUCCCUCCCCUGCCAGGCAGGUCCUUGCCCGUCACCAGCCGCCCCUCCCUGCUCCCACGGCUUUCAUCAGGCAAGACCAGACAGAGACAGACCCCUUUGAGCCACCCACCCCAUUCCAACCUUUUCCCAGCAUUUGUCUCUGGUUAGGGGUACCGAGGACUCCGUACCUACCCGGGGGGCCCUGACUGCCCUUUUCUCUUUUCUUUGUGAUCUGCCAUCUGCGACACCCAAUUCAUCAGCGACGCAUGCAACCUGCAGUAAGCUUUUCCAGGUACAUACAUACAUACAUAUCUGGUGUGCUCCGUGCCUGGCCCGGCACGCAGGCACACAUCGUCAGUCACAGUCCCAGUCUCAGUCCCAGUCCCCGUCCCCGUCCCCCCUGCCGACAAGCAAAAAAGGGGUCCUCGGGUCGGUGGUCAAGGGCAUAACAACUUUGAGUGCUCCAUUCACUACAAGGUACCGUACGACGAGGGCGAAGGCGCAUGCAGCAUUGACCAGUCGCACCGCGCCAGGCCGUCCCAAUUUGCACAGUCAAUCACGAGGGAGCAAGGAGACGUGCCGCCGUGGUACCUGCAUAUUCAAGGUUCACAGGCCGUAUCCUGCGUAUCACCCCCAGGCCAGCCCAGGUCGAGCCUCCCUGGGCCCGUCGCCACCUCGCCGCGCCAUCGGGGUCACACAACCUCCCAGUCCCAAGUCCCAAGUCCCAAGUCCCCAAAUCCCCGUCCUGCUGCUACGAGGGUUCAGUGCGGCGCAGCUCGCCUUGCGCCGCACCUUUCUCACGCAUAAUCCAUCCAUCCUCUUUCCAACUUUCUAUUUCCCUCCUUUCCCUCCACCACUCACCACACCUCGUACACACACUCCCACGCAAACAAAACAGCCCUCGCUCCUGUCUGACACGCCCAGACUCACCUUUGCGCCCGAGUACUGCAGCAAACCCCUUGGGCUCAACCCUUGGGUCUUGAUACCUACCCACGGCAAUCUUAGCAACCCCAAUUCUUGCGAAACUGGUCCAACCCAGCACACCUCUGCCGGGCCCACCCUGCCGAUGACCCAGAUCUGCCGUUGCCAGCAUAUUCUCCGACCAGAAUGACUUCGCUUCUGUCCUCCAGCACAUUGCAGCAUACAGCCCACCACCCAGCACAGCGCUUUGUUUCGUUCUAGCCCGCAACCACCUCCACCCACAUCCCAUCAAUCACAUCUCACCAGAGCGGGCGUAGGCCCGAGCCAGGGGAGCAAUGGCCCUCUGGCCGUUCCGUCGGCGGAGCCGCAGAAAGAGGCCCCGUAGUGGGAACCAGUCUGAGGGCGAAGGUGCGUCAAGGGGCACGCCAGAGGACCAGGCCCGUGCCCGCAGCAGGAGGAAAACCGAGCCUAUCAACCCCGGCGCCUCGGACCCCCUGCCCACUGCCCCGAUACCAAUCAAGAGACAACCAAACAAACUACACCGUCGAGAACGCACCUACAGCUUCGAGGAAGGGAGGGACGAUGACCUGGUGGUCCACCGGCAGAGACCCAGUCGGAAAACAGGGGCAGGGGUCUCCUCCCAGGGUCCAGUGGGCCCCCGCGUCCACUCUCGUUCAAAAGAGACGGGAGUCCUCGAUCCCUCCGACCCCUCUGUCUUCAACUCUGCCAACUUUCCAAGGAUGCCCACCCUACACAACAAACGAAAUGGCGAGCACCUGCCGCACAAGAAGUCCAGCAAGCGGAGGAAGGCAGACCAUGCUCGCGAGCAGGAGAUCAAGGCAUUGGCCAGCUUCGAGCCGAUGCGACCGGCCGCCGAGCCCUGGCAGUCAGGCCGCCCCAUGAAGCGGGACAGCAGGCGGGUCAAGACCGGGCUCGGUCUUGGUUUCCGACGCUCCUGGGAAAAGGAACACCCGACCUCGGACAUAUCAUUACCCAUGCCUGGGAGCAUCCACUCCAGCCUGUCCUCUGAUUCAGAGCAGGUCUCGUUCAAGGUGUCGGCCCUGGAGGCCCUGGCGCCCCGCCCAACCUUGAAGUAUGCCGUAUACCCAAGGUAUGGCACACCGCCGACCGCAUCUGGUCGCCACCUGUCAGUGAAGAACAAAUUAUCAGAGAAGGAGCCAAUCCCUGAGGCCACUUUGAAGGCACACAAGCGGAUCGACGACCUCGCCGACGACCUCACCGCGAGCGACCUGAGGGAGUUAAUGGAGCGUGAUGAGCGCAGGAGGGCAAAGAAGAGAGAACGUGAACAAGAGAGGAUGGAACGGAGGCUGGCCAGAAGGGCAGAGAAGGAACGCGCAGCCAAGGCGGAAGGCAGGCAAUCACCCCCUAACAUGGAGAGGGGCGUGCUUGGCCGAGAGUCGGUCGGUCUAGGUAUCGGUCCAGAGUCAGCUGUCGUGACAUCCUCAAAGAAGAGAAGGUCGCCGAGUCCCACAGCCAAGGCGCUGGGCAAGCGGCCUGCUGCGGACAUGGAGGAUGAUUAUGACAGCGAUGGCAGCAGCUCCGGCAACAGGCCCCUUGAUCACUUCCACAGGACUGACAGCGUGCCGCUGGAUCGGGUCUCCGUGGUCAACGAUUCGGAGCAGCUGGAGGGUCCCCGACCAGAACGGACCGAGAGCCCGAGGAAGAAAAUCGCUCUGAUGAAGAGGAUAUCUAGGUCCAAGUCUCCCCACCCAUCGGAACCUGCCAAGACCGAUGUAUCAGACUCGCUCAGGAAGGUUUCUGAAGGCAGCUCUGGUCCAGCGAGACCUCGGCGGUCAUGGACCAAUCUGUUCAGAUGGGGAAGCAGGUCGAAGCGCAACUCUGGCCCGUCCUCGUUUUCCAACACAUCCCGGGACUCGAUGUCGGCGAACCAUGUGCCAGCCCCUCCCAUCUCGGACGCAUUGACGCGCAAGCUCAGCAGCAAUGUGCCAAAGAGGACAAUGUCUCGCUUCCGCGAGGAUUUGCCCGAGUUGCCCCUGUCACCACCUCACUCACCCGACGCCGACCCUCUACCACCUGCAAUUAUCGAACAGGACUCCCCCGAACUCGAAGCAAACCCACGUCUGGAGGAGACGUUACCGAAGCGGCGAGAUACCCCCAUGUCACCGGAAGAAGGUGUCGUGGGAAGUGUCCCGCCCAGUGUUCCGACAUCGGUCGGCCCUUCUCCCGAACCACAAGCCAUGUCGUUGAACUCAGUGGACUCCGAGGGUGCGUGGUUCGGGAAGAGAAUGACACCCCGUCGUUCGAUCCCAACGCCAAUCUCGCCGCCCCGCUUCGAGCACCACAGAACAUCAUCCAUGAGCUCCGAUGGCUCGUCACACCACGACCCAGACCUUCCGACCCAGGAGAUACUGGAUGAAUCGGCGACCUACGUCGAAGAUGACGAGUACCUUGAUCGGUUCGCAAACCACCGGAGCUCGGACUCCCAUGCUACGAACGCACGACCAUCUUCUGACGACAUCGAUGAUCCUCGCUGGGGCACUGUCGGGGGGCAACAACCCAAAGUGGUUGCUGGCGACUUUGUCAGGAGCCGUGAGGGGUUGCUCAACACAUUUUCUGAUGCAGAUGAUGCCAGCGACCUGAGUGACGAUGACAUAGAGAUCAACAAUGAGGACGAGAACGGUCUGAAGCGAGCAACGAGCAUUACUCGACAGAAGGGCAAUGCGAAGUUGCUCCAGAUCUCACCGCGGCACUCUGAUGACGCGAGGAGGAGAGCCUCGGCCAACUAAUUUUGCAGUAGAGACCAUACGUCUGAGAGACAGAGACGGUGAAAACCUCAACCAUGGAGCUUGACUCUGAUAUGCGAAGAUGCCUGCCACACUCGUUGCAAUUUCCUUACAAUCUUCAAGAACCACAGUCUCGACGACAUUUCCUUACAACUGUCAGCACCGACCUUCAUUCGCUCCUUCAAAUUUCCUAUCCUAGUCACCAAAAUCGACCAAACCACACAAAAAACAGUUGAAAAGGCAAGAUAAAAAUGUUGGCGUCUCGCAUAUCGGUCACUCCAUCAACAGGUUCUAGCUCAUAUCUGAUCAAGAUCUCUCGCGUUGUCUCUCUGCUCUGGUUGCUCUGAUCUCACGGCCAAAUCUCAAAUCACCAUUGUCUUGUAGCCAAGGGCGGUGUCAUAGGAGGCACGGCGGUUUCCAUUCUACAUUCUACUACUUCGACAUGACACAUUUUCUCACAGGAUACCCUUGACGCGUUUUGGUUUUGUUCCAGUGGGGACGGAAAAGCAAGGAUGGGCAAGACGGGGCGUUUCGGGAACAAAGCCUCUGAGAGCGCGUUGAGCUUUUUACAAUUGGCAUGUACAUAGAUUACUACGGUAACGUCGGCUGACGUGGGCGUUCAUAUCCCAUCAAAUACCCUAUUAUUAUUUGAACCU